UUGGUCCCACUUUGGGGUGAUACUCAUUGACGGAAGGCGGCUCACAGUUUCGUUAGAGAGCUUAAAGCACUAGGAGGCUUUAAAAAGUGUUAGUUUAAAUUUUCUGCAAGAAAUCAUGGGUUUCGUAAUUAUUAUGCAGAGGAUCGUAGACUGGAUCGCGGCCAACAAGCUGCUCACGUUCUUGGGCGUGGCCCUGUUUGCCUUCUUCGUGGCCACGAUCGCGCUGGCCGUCGAGAACAACGACAACGCGGCCGCCCUCCAGAGCUGCCAGGACCGACUGUACGCGGCCACUACUACGCCGACGACCGUCCCACCUGCGGAGACUACCCAAGCACCGGAGGCGACAACAACAACUACUGAGGAGCCGACAACAACCAAUGAGAAUACGGCAGCCGGUAGAAAACGUCGAUCUGCGGAAGGGAAAUCAUGGCGACAAAUGGGUUGAGUUGGACUGGAGUUUUCACAGCAGCUUUCAAUUCAGCAGCUUUAUUCGUUAAAAUUUAUUUUAAAUAAACUUGUUUUUCUUUUUCAAUAUCCA